AUGCAAGAAAUACCCAUGAGCAAACGAACGAAAGGGGGUCAAAGGGGGUUCAAGCAGGGGCGGCGUCACAAAAGAUCUGCCCGCUGGAAGCCGAAUGGGGACCACGGUGGGAAACCCCUGGACCACUGUCAAACCGUUGAAUCAGCUGAUGGGCAGAGUCUCGAGCCCGUAAAUGAUGUUCCCGUCGACGUUGUCAAGGUUCAGCGGGACAUGGAAGACAGAUUGCGUCAUGGUCAUAUCCCCAUUCGCCGAGGCCAGAACGGAAUGCUCGCUCGCUGCUGCGUGCUUUGGACUGCUGGGACGGUACGUGUAACCCGGCCGCAUGGUGCUGGUGAAGAGCGUCCUGGAGAGGAUCUGGCUGGUGCGACGUCGGCUUCUUACGUGGGAAUGGUCACGUCGCUCGACUGA